AUGGUCUACAACAAUGGCUACAGCCGCAUACCUGUGUGGAAUAAAGACCCAAACGAUGUUGUGGGCAUCGUUUUCACAAAAGACUUGAUCUAUGUGGAUCCGAAUCAAGAUGUGCCGCUUAUGGCAUUUGCACGUGUGUUUGCAGUCGCAGCACACCGCAUUUGGCUUGAUGCACGACUUGGCGAAAUUCUUAGCGUCUUCAAGUUGGGGAGUACCCACAUGGCACUCGUUUAUGACGUCAAUAACUCUGGACCGAGCGAUCCAUUUUACGAGCUGAAAGGCUUAGUUACACUUGAAGAUAUCGUCGAGGAAAUCUUGCAGUCGAAAAUUAUCGAUGAGACCGAUUCCCCUGAAGCUAGAAAAGAGCGACUUAAUUGCACAGAUCAAAUUGGAUACACCGAUGGUGCAUAUUUAGAUGAACUGGAUCCACUUCUUUUGGAAAGGAAAACGAAUUUUGGCACUACAUUUGAAGCUCUGGCGUGCUGA